AACUACAUGAAAUAAGACACUAGGACGUCUAGGUGUUUGACAUAUGGUAAACAAACGAUUUCGGCUUGGCUUUCGCUUUUGUGACCGCUCUUUUCGUUUUCGAGCCUAAAUGUCCCAAUUCUGUUGUCGAUUUUCUUUUUGAUGAUGCUACUACAAUCAUCAAAGCCUUUUCACCGUUACGGAUUUUAAAUGGAUGAAUUAUCAUCACGUAUAAGGUCAAUAACAGUGCGCGAAGUAUCACUGUUCGCGCUGUGUUGCGUGGCCACGUACUUGCUUCGUAUUCGACAGAGUUACGGCCUUGGCCCGGCAUGGCGAUUUGAAGCAGAUCAGUCGCACUUCGAAAAUGGGCGGUAUGCGCAGUUAUGGGAAACUCUACCCUCUCCAGUUAUUGCGGAUGUAGAAAGUGAUGGUUUGAAUGAACUCUUGGUCGCUACCUCGCAGCCUCAUCUACAGCUGCUUAAGAUCCCCUCUCAGUCCACGGGUGUGCUGCCGUAUAUGACGCUUCAAAAGGAAGUCACUCUGGUAACGAGAGAAGCAGCCCUCGACAGCCGACAACCAAAGGCACUGGCAACUGGCUACCUAGAUCCCUUCCGGUCCAUGCUGCAGAUUCGGGCGCAGGUCAUAGUGGUUGUAACAGCUGACUGGACGGUUUUAUGCUUUGACCAUAACUUGAAUCUUGUAUGGGAAACUCAGCUCAUGAGACUCCAUGACAGUAGAUACUACAUCCGAGAGAUCUCAGUAGUUGUGACAAGUCACAACAUCAAGCCCGAUGACGGAGGAUUGGUUAUUGUCGGAGCUAGUCUGCAGGACAGACAUCACAAAGAGGCUAACCUUCAGCAUGAUCACAGACAGAGAGAAAGCCACGCCCACAAGGAGGAGGAAGAAUGGCAGGGAAAUCAGGAUGAAGAUGAAGGAGACGAAGAAGACAAAGAAGAAAAGGAAACUGGGCCUGUUGUCAACCAUUUUUCCACCUUUGCCCUGACUGGACGCAAUGGAACAAUCCGAUGGCAUCAUCUACCAGGGGACUUUGAGGAACGAAGAACCAACCAGGAGGAUUUAUUUUCAGCCCAUCAUUUCAAACUUGCCCUACGCAAGGGGUUGAGUCAUGCUGGGGAGCAGCUCUGGAGCCAUUACAGCAAAGCCAUCCUGAACAACCUGCCCCAUCGUUGGCAGAGAGGCAGUGACACCACUGUAACCAUAGCACGCGUUGUCAAGGAUACGAGAAACAAACCACAGCUAGACGAACCAGAAGUCACGCCGACACUGGCUACAUUGAUUGGUUUAGAUGGGGACCACAUGGCUGGCUAUCACUUUGGUGGUUUAAGACCACACAGCUCCACGGAACAUGUCAAGAACCCCAAUGCUGUCGUCAUACAUAUGCACCAGGGUGUUGAAGUACUAGAUCUGGCCACAGGAAGACCGAUAACCAGACUAAAACUGACAUCCAGCGGUCCGGUGACGUAUGCAGAUGUUAAUGGCAACGGCAUUGUGGAUCAGAUUCAAGCUCAUUUUACGGCAGAUGACAACCACAAAGACAACUGCAUGGCCAUUGUCAGAUCUGGCAUCCCGCCCCAAGCACUGCUAUUCAAUGGAUCCAUAUGUGCAGGAAACUCACUCAUGGAUUCAUGGUCAGUGCUAGUGUUUGGAAGCAAGGCACAGAUCCAAGAGAAUUUGAAGCUGGCUGUAGCCCCAGUCACUGUCCCAAGUAUUGCUAAGCAGUCUGGUGUUAUCAACCACUUGUUGGGCGGUAGUAUGUUCAGGCAGACUCACGGAGGUUGGGACAGUGUCUUCUUAAUCAGUAAUGGUAGAGUCACCAGCUAUGGACCUAAGGGACACUUCAACUGGAAGGUUGACACCAAAGCUAAAUGGAAUGACAUCCUGACGGUGUUUAAAAGUAAACAUUACUUUCCUCAAGAGACUAUCGAUAGAUAUCAUCAUUCCUUUCAGCCCAGCAUGCAGGCGGUGGCUUUGAAAGUCUUUGGCAAAAUGGAUGCAGCAGUGCUAGUUGGUUGGGAUUACCUAGUUAUUGUCUCGCUUGAAGAUGGUCACGUGAUCGCCGACCAUUCCCUACCCUGCCAACCCACAGCACCCACGGUCGUUGGAGACUUCAAUUCAGAUGGGUACAAUGACGUCAUUGUACAGUGUUCCACGGGGCUGUUGGGUUUCAGACUUGAGUUUUACACUGCGUAUUGGUCCACAGCACUGAUUGGUCUGUGCUUGGUGGCCGUCGUCCUGGGUCUGACGGCGCUGUGCUCGUCCAAUUACGACUUCUUUGAGGACGGAACUGAGCAUGCCCAGUACGUUGAUGACAACCACCAAGCCAGGUGACUGACAAUAGAGGGCCCUGUGACAGUUGCCUGGUACCUUGUGUAUCGUCGCCUCGGCAGACUAUGUUCUUUCUUCUGUGUGACGAUGGUAGCGCUCGCUGCGUAUGUCGCUGUAGUUGUGUACUACCUUGUAGUGAUGUACGAACGGACAGUGCUGAAUAAAGUUGAGAAGGGUCUUGACUGAAAAAGGCUGUCAUAGCUUGACCAAAACCAGGACUGGUUGGUAGUUUGACCAGCCUGAGGACUAAUAAAGCCUGAAAAUUGACCGCUGGUGGCGCGCUUCCAGACCCCUCGAAUAGAAAAAUCAGUGUGUAAAAGUCAGAGUUUUAAAAAUAUUUUUGGUACAUUGAUUUCUUAAGAAAAUCACCCUCGGAAAAGGCAUUUCUGAAAUGGCCACUAGCAUCUCAAUUUAUGGAAAUUGAAAAAUCGCGUGACGUGAAAGAGAAAUAUCAUGCCAAAAACUGACCUCUCACAGCUUAAAAUC